GCGGGUCGGAGGUGGAUAUCCGGAUCCGGAGCGGCUGAAAGGCGGAAGUGGAGGCCGGAGCCUGGGACACCGCCGGGGGGGGAGAGGAGCGGAGCCGGUCAGAACCCGUGUCCCAAGUAACGCCGCAGUCCCGGAGUCGCCUUGGAGGUUUCCCCUCCCCACUAAGUGCCUCUCUGCAUAGCACCAGCCCCACCCCCACGCUCACUGGUACCAUCACAGCAGAGGGGCCAUGGCGGGUCGGGGAGGUGCAGCGCGACCCAACGGACCAGCCGCUGGAAACAAGAUCUGUCAAUUUAAGCUGGUCUUGCUGGGGGAGUCUGCAGUAGGCAAAUCCAGCCUCGUCCUCCGCUUUGUCAAGGGACAAUUCCACGAGUACCAAGAGAGCACAAUUGGAGCGGCCUUCCUUACACAGACUGUCUGCUUGGACGACACAACAGUCAAGUUUGAGAUCUGGGACACAGCUGGGCAGGAGCGGUAUCACAGCCUGGCCCCCAUGUACUACCGGGGGGCCCAGGCUGCCAUCGUGGUCUAUGACAUCACCAACACAGAUACUUUUGCACGAGCCAAGAACUGGGUGAAGGAGUUACAGAGGCAGGCCAGCCCCAACAUUGUCAUCGCGCUUGCAGGGAACAAGGCGGAUCUGGCCAGCAAGAGAGCUGUGGAAUUCCAGGAUGCACAAGCCUAUGCAGAUGACAACAGUUUGCUCUUUAUGGAGACAUCAGCAAAGACCGCAAUGAAUGUGAAUGAAAUUUUCAUGGCAAUAGCUAAGAAGCUUCCCAAGAAUGAGCCCCAGAAUGCAGCUGGUGCUCCAGGCCGGAACCGAGGUGUGGACCUCCAAGAGAACAACCCAGCCAGCCGGAGCCAGUGCUGCAGCAACUGAGCCCCCCCUUACCUGCCUGCUGCCCCUGCCUCCUCCGCCUGAAAAUGACCCGACUGGAAUCCACUCUAACCAAUCGCACUUAACAACUCGGGCUACCACCGGGGGCAGUGGGAGGGGUCCACCAUAAUUUCUCCAUAUAAUUUUGAUCAUAGGCUGGAGCGAGUUAUUCCACCUGCACCUUUCUGUACAAAUACUAAUUCAAUUUUAAGUCUUAAGUCACUUUUUUAAUAUAUAUGAUCUUCUGUUCUUCCCUCUUCCUCCCCUUUCUACUGCUUUCCUACAUUCUUCCUUGCUGGUAGUAACCUCAUGCUCCUGUGCCCCCCCUCCCCCUUAUAAAUGAGGGUGGGGGCGGGUAGAGCAGUUACCCUUCCUCUCCCCCUUGCUGAUUAGGAGACUCAGCAGGAGCGUUCAUAUCCGUACCGUGUUUGGAGUGGGCUUGGUUCUGGGCAGUGGGGCAGGCCUUAGGGGCUAGGAAGGGGAGAGGCAACCCUUCCCUUGGCUGGCUGUCACUAGGCCAUAGCCCCCCCACCCCCACCCUCACAACUGGGAGAGAAAUCACAGCAUUACCACAGCAUUAUUGUGAUAGCCAUGAUCCCAUUGCCCACAAACCUCCCCCAUGUCCUUGGUCACCCCGACCUCUGGCUCUGAGCCCUAUUCUGACCAAAUCACGAUGACGAGUAUUUGGGGGUGGGUGGGUAAGGGGGGGGAGUGGGAGGGAAUGGAACCAACUUUUUCUGUAUUUUGUAUUGUAUGUUUUCUUCAACAUGUAACCAAUCAGUAUCUUGUCAAUAUAGUCAGCUGAUCGAUUGACCUC